AUGAAAAAAGACUUUGUUGGAUGGAUGCUAUUUAUAGCCUUGUUCUGUUCUUUAGCUGCGUCAAGCAGUAUCAUUGUCAACAAAGCCCCUGAUUUCGUCCGUCCAUAUGUUCUUCCUAAAUACCGUGGUCAUGCUAUUAGGCUUACAAAGUCGGGUCAAAUAAUCCGCUUCUCUAUCACUGCCAACUCAUCCGACGGCGCCUUCUCUCUUAUCCAACACAACGGCAAACCUUCGGGCUGGCUAUCAGCCCGACCACAUACCCACGGGGUAACACACGAGCAUUUCUACUGCUCUCAAGGUCGUUCUCAGCUCUGGGGUCUGAAAAACGAAACUAACGCCAGCCACGAGGCCCGCGUUGCUACACCUGGUGACUACGGAAAUAUCCCUCCGGGCACUAUUCACACAUUCCAACUAGUUGAUCCUGACUCCCUCCUAACCCAUGCCUUCCACCCGGGUGGGUUCGAAAAUCUCUUCAAUAUCUACAGCCUGGGAGACCAUGAUACUCACGGCAUUAGUUCGCCCUAUAUUCCCACUACUGAUGACUCCUCCCCUCUCCCACCGAUAACAGAUAAGGAAUACAACCUUCUCGUCUCCCUUGACCUCUAUGCAGUCCCAGAGACAGAGUAUAUCCCGAGACGUGAUUUUGUAAACGGCACCGCCGGAGACGGAGAGACUAAACAAGCCUGGCACGACGGACCUAAUACUCUACCAAAUGACCCGACGACCCCUUAUUUUAUCGCCAAGGACUACGGCCCGAAAUAUCUUAACACCGACAUUGGAUAUAAGGUUAUCCAGCCUCUAACAACAGCUGCACAAACAGAGGGAAAUUUUACUAUGGGAACAAUUAUCAUGUCGCCUAAGCUGGCAAACGAGACCGUCUCGCGGGUAGAAUUACCACAUCAUUUCGCUCUCCAGAUGGAGGAAGGUCAGCUUUCCUUCCAGGUACAGGGUUACCCGCGUGUGCAUCUGCUGCAUGGUGAUGUGGCGUUUGUUCCUGCUGGGACACCAUUUACAUACUAUGCUACUGUGCCCUAUACCAAGUUUAUGUAUAUGAAUGCGGGCGGUAAGGGAUUGGAUUAUCAGUUAUUAAGCAGGAGCGUGUCUUGGGAGUUCCCGGCUUAUCCUACUUAUUCGGGAUUUAAGCCUAAUCGAACUACCACUAAGCUUGGGUGA